AUGCAAUCAAAUUAACAUGAAAUAAUGAGGAAUUAUGAUUUUUAUCAUAAUGCAACUUGGAAAGAAGUUAAAUCAAAAAUUCGAACCUAUAUUGAAUUAUUUUAAAAAUAAUCACAACCACAAAUUCAAAAUAUUGAAUAAUUUUAUUAAUAUCUAGAGUAUGAUCAUUCUUUUAUUUAAUGGAUGUUCCCUAAUUUUUAUUAAAGUAUGUUUAAUUCAAACUCUUAUAAAUUAACACUCAAAGAAAGAGAUUGUAUGAUUAAAUCAGACACAAUUCUUAAAAGAUAUCACUAGAAUUAUAUUUUGAUUUUGAGAUUUUAUGGAAUUGAAAUAAAAUAUGUGAAAAUUAAGUAAAUAGAAUAAAAUGUAAACAACUAAACCCAUACAUAAACCUUAAAUAAUCAUUAGAACUAGGAAUCAAAAGUCGUUAAAAAUACAAUUAAAUAGAUACCUAUUAAAGAAUCCCAAUAAAAGACUAAUGAUUAAAGUGAAAAACAGCCAUAAAAAAACGAAGAAUAAUAAAAUUGCAAAGUUAAUAAUUCAUUAUAAUAAAUAUAAUAAUAAUUUUUAUCGCCUUCAAAUACCUAUAAUCAAAAAAAUACUUAGACAUAAUGUCACACUCAGAAUACAGAUCAAAUCAUUAGUUAGAAAUCAGAAUUAGUAUUGAUUGAUAGGAAUUAAUUUGAAUUGUGCUGUUUAUAGAAUAUUCAUAAUCUGCUGAGAUUAAAAAGAAUACUUGCAUCUUUGAGUGUGUUGAAACAUAGAAAGGAAGCAAUUCAAUUAUGUUAAUUCUUAAAAAAGGAGUUGACAAAUAUGGGAAAAGGGAAUGUUUAUUAAGAAAAUUUCAGUGGAUUUGAUAUUUAUUAUGAGGAAACUUCAGAGAGGGAUUCCAAUAGAGAUGUGAAUCGAAGAUUUAAUUCAUAUAAGUAUUGUUAUGUAGAUAAAGAUUUAGUGGAGAAGGUCAAUAUUUCGAUAAUUUAAUGA